CUCCUUUUACUUAAUUAAUGGUCCGAAAAGACACGAUUGCCCCUUGCUUCCAGGGCAUAAUAAUAAUAAGGUUUGCUCUGGGCAAACGAGAUCCCCAGGAGUGAGCGGCCAUGUCCGACAAAGGUGGAAAGGGGUUUACUCCUGGAGUCAAGUCUUCACUCAAAGAUGCUUCUGCGAAAGGCGGCAAGGACGACGGCUCAGCCAAGUCCAAGAAGACGAGAAAUGUUCAAUUUGCCUCUCAAGCUUCACCUGCUGCUUCCGCCAAAGCUAAGGGGGGAAAAACCGAUGGUGCUGCUGGAAAGAAAGAGCAAGAACCCCUGCAGCUCAAAGUUGAGGCUGAACUGCCGAAGGGUGCAAUAUGUCUGAUGGAUUGUGAGGCUGCGGAUGUCUUGCAAGGAAUCCAGGAUCAGAUGGUCAUAUUGUCCAAAGAUCCUACCAUUAAACUUCCUGUAUCAUUCGAUAGAGGACUGCAGUACACCAAAAAGAACAUCCACUAUACUGAUCCCGACUCUGUCAGACAAGUUCUUGAGAAUCUCAAAACAUAUGGUGUCACUGAUGGCGAGAUAUGUGUGAUUGCCAAUGUAUAUCCAGAAACUGCUGAUGAAGUUUUCGCUCUACUCCCAUCCUUGAAGGCUAGGAGAAUUAUGCUCGAUGACCCCGUCAGUGAUGUUUUGAGUGAGCUAGCUAAGCUUAAAAAGAAGGAAUAGUGUCAUGAUUUCUGUAAUAGGCUUCUAGAUGCCAUCGGAGCACUAAUAUGAUGGAUCCUGCUUUGUGGAUUUUCCGGGGUAGACAGGCAGCAUGACCUACUUAUGUUUUUGUUUAAGUUUUCUUAGAGGACCUUCAAACUUUAUGACCUUAGACAGUGGCGAGUUUUAUGAUUGUAAAUAAGUUUGUUGUUCGAUUGGUUCCGAGUA